CGCCCGGGCGCCGCGUCUAGUGGCUGUCUAUGAGUUUUGAAUUUUGAAUUUGGAACGCGUACUAUUCAUGUUGAACUUGGCUGGAUGCGUUUGUGACUUUAGUCUUUAGUGAAAAAAAAAAAAAAACUUGACAUUUCAAUAACACACGCGGGAUCAUUAGUAAGAUAUUCUGUUGAGUGAUUUGUGAUUCUGUACUGAAGUGUUUUUUGAACAUCGGAUAUUAUGUGAUGAUAACAACGCUAUUCAAAGACUGGAAAGUUUAAAGUCAUCAUAUGGCUCCACACUUUCAAUACAUAAAAACAAAAUGGAAGAUAAUAUAAAACAUAGAGAUAUGAAGGAACCUGAUAGUAAUGCUACAAAAGACUCUAUAUACAAUGCGACCAGGACAAAGGUUACGAGUCGAAGUUCGAAUACAUUGUUCAUUUUGUUGAGGACAGUGCAAAGUUCAAUGGUAGUGAGCAAGCAAUGGAUGGUGUGUUUAAUAUUAUUUACGUGUGUGAGUGCGAAGGAGCAGAAAUUUGCUCUGGAACCGCAGGAUCAGAGUGCGGUAGUGGGUUCGCGUGUAAUCCUGCCAUGCCGUGUCGUGAACAAGGUCGGUCAGUUGCAAUGGACCAAAGAUGACUUCGGUCUCGGCACGCAUAGACACCUCUCUGGCUACGAACGGUACAAAAUGAUUGGGAGUGACGAAGAAGGAGAUUAUUCAUUGGACAUAAGAGACGUGCUAUUGGAUGAUGACGCUAUGUACCAGUGCCAAGUUAGCACCGGGCCCAAAGGUGAAGCAGCCAUCAGAUCAAGAUAUGCCCGUCUAUCAGUAUUGGUGCCACCGGAAUCUCCGAAAAUCCUGAAAGGGCCCAUGCUGCAAGCGGUGGAAGAUAGGGAUGUGGAUUUGGAGUGCGUGUCCGUUGGUGGUAAACCAGCUGCUGAGAUAACAUGGGUGGAUAGUGAGGGUAACGUGUUGACGCAGGGGGUGACGUAUACCGUGGAAGCAAUGUCAGAUGGACGUCGGUAUACCGCAAGGUCAAUCCUGCGUCUUCGUCCAAGGAAGCAACAUCACAACCAGACGUUUGUGUGCCAGGCUCAGAAUACAGCUGACCGCGCUUAUAAAGCAGCUACCAUCAAACUUAAGGUACACUAUGCACCGCGUGUUCGAAUAUACGUAAAAGCUGGAUCAACCAACGGCAGGAUUCAUGAAGGAGAUGCAGUUAUAUUAGGAUGUCAAGCGACAGCCAACCCUAAUAAUUUGACAUUCACAUGGUACGUGAACAGUGAACGAGUCGUAAACACAAAUAACAACGAAUUGGUGAUAUCGAAUGUAACGAGAACGUAUAACGGAGUCACGAUAAAGUGCGAAGUGUACAAUGAAGUGGGAAAGAGUGCUGAUACAAAGGCUUUGGAGGUGGCAUAUGGUCCGACAUUUAGAAUAAAACCACAGAAUGUAGAAGGCGAAUCCGGUUCGUCCGCUACCCUGAGCUGUAUCGCCGAUGGUCAUCCGCAGCCUAAAAUGCUUUGGUUACGAUACGAACGGGACAGAGUUAUUAUCGUAGGAAAAUCGUCAAACCUAUCGUUGACAAUAACGAAACAGUCAGCAGGGCAAUACUGGUGUCGAGCUAGUAUAGAUGGCAGGAAAGAUAUCGAGGCGGCCGCUAUGGUUUAUGUUAAAGGACCCCCAAAAAUAACAUCCAAUCAGACGCAAUACGGGAUAGAGGGAGACAGCGUGAGGAUAGAAUGUAUAUCUUUCUCUGUCCCCAAGCCCGAUCUUGUUAUAUGGGCAUAUGAAGGGAAUGAAAUUAAUUCUUUUCAUAACCAAGAAUACGUAUUCUUAGAAGAAACCUUAGCAGAUAGAUUGACAAAAUCAACACUCAUAAUAAGGGAUAGUCAAGCCAGACAUUUCGGCUCAUACAAUUGUACGGUCAGCAAUGCGUACGGCGUGGACAGUAUGCAAAUAAAUCUGUUGGCAGAUAAAUCAUCAUCGCUCAUAAUCAUAAUAGGUGGUGCGUCAUUACUAACCGUCAUAGUAUUAAUAAUAAUGUUCAUUGUUAUGCUAUGUCAUCGCAAAAGUAACAAAUGCGAUGUCAAGAAGCCAGAUAUAACCGACAUUAACAAGGGUUGCCAGUAUAAGGAGAGCGAUCGGAAUUCUAACAUAAGCGAUUUGAAAUUGGAAUUGCGUCAAAUUGAGGGUAGCUGUGAAAUGGACGUUUCCAACGAAUCGGAAACAGACCUCCGUUCCACGUUACACCUAACAACCAAUUUGGGUUUACCGCUCGCGGGCCCCGUACCGCUACCAGAGUCCGCACUCGACAGCGAGAUGAUGAAACAAUACCAGCGGUAUAGCGGGGAAUUUACGAUGAACAGCUUGCAAUUCGCGUCCCAAAAUCAAAACGGGUAUGUACCCUACGUCGACUACGCGCGUGACUACGCUCCCCCCGCGGAUUCCAACACUGGCUCCCUCUCAAGGAGUACCGAUAUAUCCACGUACCAGAGUCACUGUGGGUCCCUGCACAGACAGCAGAGCUGCGGCCGACUUACUGGGAUGGUGGGACCGGAUUUGAUACCAAUGUCCAAUUCCGGAGUGCUAAUGUCAGGUGUGGAUGUAAGGUAUGCGGCGACAUACGGCAAUCCGUAUUUAACUGGCAGCGGACCUCUUGCAUACCCACCACAACCAAACACCUCAUCCAAAAAUGCACCGCCGCCCUAUUAUACGUUGAAGAGUAUUCAUCAUCAAACCGCAGGUAUGACGUCACCACCGCCAUGCCCAUCGUCAUCUCGAAGUGCUUCUAGUCCCCAAGGCACAUCGGCUCAACCUCAGGCAGCGAAAAUAAACCAGACGGCCCUUUAUAUUUUGCCGCCGACAAGCCAAGGUUUGCAGACUUCAAAAUUAUCUAAAGGUACUGGCACGAUAACAAAUGGAACUCACGUUUGAUCUCAGUUUUGACAAACUUUUAAAUUAGGUUAAUACACCUGGUUGCAAACAAAAAUGGUACAAUCAUGGGAUUUUAAAUUUAACUACAAUUAUAUGUUCCGGCGGAAAAUGUGAAUUUAAUAUGAAUAUUGAAGGCCUAAAAUUUUUAAAGCUUUAAAAUAGAUGUCAAAGAAUGUAAUAUUAAGUAGCUUAAAGAGUUUUAUAAUUUGAUUUAGAUGAUAUUUAAUGUAAAUAUUAAAAUAGGUGUGAAGUUUGUAAACAUUAUAUGUGUCUUACAAUAUGUUU